ACCUUGUCAGCCUUGCAACACAUUUCUGUGCCUCCUUUCCCCAGAUUAUUUAGUUGGGACUAUUAAAUUCACGAUACCUUCUUCACGUUGAGUUUACUUACUCCGCAAUGGAUAAUACGUUCGAUAAGACAGCCUUGGAAACCAUUGAUCUCUUGGAAGCGCGAUUACGGAGGAUAGAAUAUGCUGUGUGUGGUCAUAUCGACACUACAUCUAUCACAAGCUCAGAUGUAUCUAUAUCCGCGUAUGAACGACUUGCAGAUUUAGAGCAUGUCCUUCAUGGACUUGCUUCAAAAUCAAGGGUUAUUCAGGAUUUAUUGAAAUUACGUGAGUUUAUUGUAUUUGAGCUAUUUGGAUGUGAUACCUAAUGUCUUCUAGAUGCAAGAUAUCCUGACCUCUUUCAAUCCAUUGACCCUGAUCAAAUACCAACCACACUCGAUACCGCCAGUAUUCUGUCUAUCAUAUUAGCAUCUGCCAGCUCAUAUCCAUCAACUGCUUCCCGAUUAACAUCAAUUCUUGAUAUGCCAAUCCCAUCGGCAGAAUCGUCCGCGCAACUCAUAGAUUUACAACCACGAAUCGCGAAAAUCGAAGCUCUUCAAGUGGCACAAAAUGCAGAAUUAUCAGCUUUCAGACAAAGAACAGCUGCGGUCAUUCAGCGUUGGUAUACUGUUGAUGUAUUGCGAACUGGUGAAAGUUGGGCAGAGUUGGAAGAAAGAGUACAACACGUGGAACAAAAAGUCCGAAGAGCCACUGCGAUGAAACAGUUGGAUGAUGACAUGGUUCAGGAGUGAGAUCCAUAUAUUGUAAGAUGAUAUUGUUUCAAAGUUUUGAUAUCUCCUGGAAAGAACAUAUACCAAGAAAUUACACGUCAUAGUGAAGUGGGAUGUAUGAGAAACGUCCCUGGGUCAAAGCAACAUCGACAUGUCUACAUGGCCACUGGACAUGAGUCUAUUCUACCGUCAUUUGAGUAACUGCGGAGAAAAAUUCCUUAUCUCCUCCGACAGAGCGAUGAUAUUACUGUUGAGGGGAUGCGAGAGUCCGGAGGUUGUAUGAUCCGCGCCUCAGACAUUGGCUAUAAACAUAUCAAUUGUCUGAGCCAUGACAUAUUAGCUAUCUCAUGUAUGGCUCAACUACAUCUGUAGAGUUUACUGUAUCACCGAUGCGAAGGGAUGAACAGCCGUUGUCCGAUGGAAGCAGUUGAUGCUUUCGAGGCUGCAGGCGCUUGAGAGACUGAAAAUAUACGGUGGCUACCUAAUAGAAAGUAUACCACACGUUGACACGUUUACCUAGAUGGUCAACGUGUUCCAAUACCCAGACAACACUUUCUCA